GUUCGAUUUAUUCCUAAGACUGUCACACUGAGUAUGUGUGUUAUCAAAAUUACUUGAGCACCACAUGAUACGUCAACACUAUCUGGUUGCCUAUCUAACAUUUAGGGUAGUACAUGUGUUUAGAACAAUGUUAGGUCAAAAUUUAGAAGAGCAAUAUUGCGGUCGUGUUGGCACAUUAUCUGUGGACGUUUUCAAGCCAUCUGUCUAAAUUUAAUGCCUCGAAUGACACUACAGUAACGUAGUUGUCUUCUUGAAAACAAGUAUAUGAGGAUAGUUUAUACUUGAGCCAUAGAGUGUAAAACAAAAGGCGUUUAGCUUUUCACUUCUUAUUCUGCUGGGCUCAUGUUUUCGCGCAAUACAGCAAAAACUCGAAAUAACACUACUUAGAUUUUACAUUUCUAUGGACAGAUAUAGCAUCCCAGCGACACCUUUUGGAUUGAAAAUAUUCUAUUAAACGUAUUUAUGGCGCCGCUGGGCGGCGCUACAUGGUUAUUUUUAAUUCAGCAUGGCCGCGCUCUUGAAGAAAAGAGCUCUAGCCGAAUACAGUCAAGUUAUUCAGGAAGAGCCUAGUACGUCAACUACUCCUCCACAGAAGAAGUUACGCUUAAGAAAGCUUCCUAAGCCUUCUCCAGUAGAACUCGAUCUGCAAAAUGCUACGAGUUCUGAUCACACAUUGGAGCUGCUUUUAGCUUUUAGAAAACAGUUACCUUUGGGCAAUGCUGAAAACACUGAAACCUUGGUCAGGAAGCUGCUCGUGCAGUUCUACAAGGAGAAGGAGUCACACGUGCGUGUCCAGCUCGUGGCCGUGCUUGGCGACCUCGUACGAACGCCCGGCUUCGACUGCUGCUGGGUCGUAGAGGACAUCAGCGGCUGUCUCAAGCAAGAGUCCUCUCACAAGGUCAUAGGGCAGAUCCUGCAUGCAUUGUUGAUCAUAGGAAACAUGUCACCAACUGAUGUAAAAUUACAUCAACAGUUGGUGAAACUGGCAGAGAAUUAUCUCAGUGAUAAAGAUCAUCUUGUGCGAAGCAAAUGUAUAGAGUUAAUCGGCGAUCUAACGCCCAUCAUCGGCCGACCAAACCAGAUUUCCGCCGUGCAGAAGCUUCUCGGUGACCUCUCCCAAGAUCAAGAUCCCAGAGUUAGAACGAGUGCUUUCUUGGCACUGCUGACUUUGCAUCAGCGAGGAAUCCAGCUGGACUUGGAAGUAUAUGACCAGGUGUGCCAGGCGCUAUCUGACGAUUACGAAGGAGUCAGACUGGCCGCCGUGAAACUGAUCUGGGUGAUAAGCCAUGUCUACCCCGAAAAGUUUGUGUUGGCGGCAGACAAGCGACAGCAGAUUCGUCUGGUAGAUGAUGGUUUUGCCAAGAUAUGCUACUGUCUCAAUGACAUAGCAAUGAAAGUGAGGGCAGAGGCAGCUGGACUCCUUGGUUCACUCCAUCAAGUGAGUUCGACAUUUCUGGAACAAACUCUAGACAAGAAAUUAAUGUCAAACAUGAGGAGGAAGGCUGCUGCCCACGAAAGGCAGAAGGAGCAGUUUGAGAGUGGCGAGUGGGCGUCUGGGAACAAGUGGGCGUCCGAUGCACCGAAGGAACUAAUAAAUGCCGAGAGCAUGAGUAUUAUCACAACUGGGGCGUGUGGAGCAUUCGUGCAUGGACUCGAAGAUGAAUUUCUCGAGGUGCGAUCGGCUGCCGUCGACUCCAUGUGCGAGCUGGCCUACCAGAACGCCGACUUUGCGUCGAACAGCCUCGACUUUCUCGUCGACAUGCUCAACGACGAGGUGGAGUCGGUGCGGCUGAACGCGAUCAACAGCCUGUGGAAGAUCAGCGCGCACGUCGUGUUACGCGAGGACCAGCUGGAGACGGUGCUCGCCGUGCUGGAGGAUUUUGCCUUCGAUAUACGAGAGGGUCUUCGCGGGCUGCUGAGUGCAUCGCAUUUGGGAACGUCAGCAUGUGUGAAGAUGUGCAUCCAUCAUCUACUUGCCAAUCUGACCAGAUACCCACAGGACCGCGUCUCCAUAUGGAAGUGCAUGCAGCAAAUAGGGAAGAAGCAUUCUAGUCUAGUGCUGCCAUUGGUUCCAGAGCUGCUUGCUAGCCAUCCGUACUUUGACUCAACGGAGCCGGACAUGGAUGAUCCUGCCUACAUAAGCACGCUGAUUCUUGUGUUCAACGCUGCAGCUGGAUGCGCCACGAUGAUUCCCAUGUUCCAUGAUUUUACUGUCAGCCAUUACUCGUAUCUACGUGAUAGCUUUCCUGACUUGAUUCCAGAAAUAUCAGAAAUAUCUCUUCGCACAUCUCUGCCAACAGAGGAAACAAACAAAGCUGUUGACCCAGCUAUGUUCUUGCAGCAGACCAUUUCUAGACUGUCUACGUGCAAUGACAUGGAUAAUUCCCCAAGGCAGUCUUUACUGGAACUCACUAUUCGAGACCUGCAACGAAUAAAAGUCGUUGACAAGAAGUUGUCUGCAAAAUCAGAAUGUUUGUCCAUGUACCUCGAGUGUCAGUUGCUACUACAAAAGGCACUAUUUAAUCGGCAAGGAGGGUCGUCGGGAACAGGGUUUAGUUUACAGCAAAAUGCAACUGCAUCAGUUCUGGCAGAGAAGGUGAUGAAACUCACGCACCGCAUAGAGACGCUCUUCAUGGGGCUGACGAUGGCAGAGGUGUGCACGGUGAAGUGCAUGCGCGUGUGGGCACACACAGUGCUGAUGCUCGUCGACGUGCAGGGAACGCAGAAACACGGCACCAAGGUCAUCCUCUGCGAAGAAUAUCUCGACCGCCUGCGAAACCUUCAGAGGAUCCUCGGAGAGGUGGACGUAUCCCCGGACGGAUUCAUCCGAGCCGUGUUUGCCGAGCUGCCGAAGCUCGACGUCGCCAACCCGGCCAUCAUCACCAGCCUCGUGCAGCCGGAGCUCGUCCUGCACCGACCCGUCAUGCUCGAGCUCGCGAACCACAUCCGCCAGGCGGCUGCGACCAUCGUCGAGCCGGCCGGGAUGUCCGACAACGCGCUUAAGUUCACCGCCGGUCUCACGCUGGCCGUGCAUCUGGACGUCGUGCUCGAAAACGUGGAGAAAAUGGACGCCGUCAGAUUGAAGGUUACUUAUCCGGACACAAGAACAGAUCUGCUUAUUCCAAAGGUGUCUGACUUUAGAAAACUUAGUCUACUGCGACAUCGACUUGUGACAAAUGUCUGUCUUUCUCACGGAGUGUGGAGUGAGGCAUGCCACGUGGAGAUAUCAAUUGCCAUGUGCCCUCAUGAUUCAGAAGGCAACAAACGAAAGGGCACACAACAAAUGGAAUUCAUUGAACUUUGCCCACCUGUGAAAGUGUACGUUUCCCCAGCAGCUGCUAAGAAAUCAUAGCAAAAUAUCAAACCUCACGUGGAAUCUAUUGUUAAUACCUGAUGUGUUCACAGUAUCUCAUUGAACGUAGACGGUAUUUCAAGUAAAAUGUUGAGCACAGCAAAUGUUUAUAAUAUCCACACUAUUUGACAUGUGGGGGAGAAUAUUUAUGCAGUCAAUGCCAUACGUUCUCUACGUGUGUAGUUGUUGCAAGACAACCAGAAUAUCAUCCGAUAGGCUUGUAUGCACUGGAGUUUGGCUAAUUAGGGCAAUCUAUAAAAUAAUAUAUAUAACAGGGUUAAUUUUUACUCAACCGUGAAGAUUGGAAACCUACCGCUUACG